GCGGAUACACAGACGUCCGAGCCUGGCACAACCUGGAAACAACGACAAUCGCGUCGAGGGAGUCUUGUUCACCAAUUCAACAAUCCCUGACGACGACCACGGGAACGACGGAUCCAUGUGACAGCCGACCACCGGUACCUGACCAACUCCAAACACUAUCCUUGACCUGCCAUCAUUGGAUGGCCACACCAUCACAUGGCAGCACCCGCUAAACAAGCCUCGUCAAGAUGGGGCUCUUUUCUAUCCCAGGCCGUCGCCGGAGUCGAGGCCAAGCUAGACACCAUUCUCGCCGAUGACUAUGAUGAUGCUGCCCAGCAGAACAAGGAGUCCAAACCCGCGGCCACUCCUCCGCCCGCACCAUCAUCGGCAAAGGCCAGCCCAACACCUUCAAGGACAGCCUCCACACGUACCAAUGAUCGCCUCCAAGAGCGGUUGGCAAGAGCCAUGGCCGCCAAGGCCGCCGGCCAGAAACCCGAUCGAACGUCAUCCUCGACACAAGCGAGCCCACGCCAGAGUAUGGAUGCUCCAAGUCGAGCCUCGACCGACAGCAUAGAUAGGCCGACUAUCGCAGCCAAGGACAGUCCGAAGGCCGUCUCUUCGCCGCGCGCAUCUUUAGACACGCCCAGGAAAUCGCAGGACACUACACAGGAGCCACCAGUGGCAUCGCGGGACUCGGUGGACGGAACUAAAGAGGUGGAAGCACAGUCAGUUUCUGAGGAAGCCGACAGUGUGAGGGCAUCGACGGAUCAGCCACGUCCAGAAAACACCACUGGGGAUGAAGUCCCGACCACCGAAGCCAAGUUGGAGGCACCGGCCGAGAUAGUAGCCGAGACCGAACCCAAGAAGAGCGUCGAGGUCACUGAGAAGGAGCAACCAAAUGGCCAAGAAACGAAAUCAGACGAUACGCGACCGCAAAACCAAGACGAGAUCCACGCCUACGUAGAGCGAAUCGAUGCUUUGGAGGCUAAGCUACAGUACCUUGCCAGGGAGGCAUCAGCAGCAGCGCGCAAGGAAGCCUUGUCUGCACCCGCCGGGAGUGCUGAAAAGAAGCUUGCGGAAAAGGAUCAGCAAAUAGCCCAGCUGAUGGAAGAAGGCAAGAAUCUCGCCAGUAACGAACAGAAACUGCGGACGAUUUUGAAGAACUUGCGAAAGAAGCAAGCUGAAGAUGAAAAGGAGAUAGGGAACCUCAAGGCGGCCAAGGAAAAGGCCGACAGAGAAAUAGAGAACUUGCGCAAGCGUGCUCGACACUCGGACGAACUCGAAAAGACCCAGAAUGAGCUCCAGAGACGGUUGGAUCAGUCACAACGGGAGCUCAACAACUUGCGACCGGAAGUCAAGUCCAAAGAUGCUAUCAUCGCUGAACUACGAUCACAACUUCAAAAGGCCACUGAACAGGCGGAUGCCAUGUCGGCAAAGGUCAACGACAAGGCAAGGGAACAGGAUCAGCGGCGGAUAGCAGAACUGGAGGAAUCCGUGGAAGCUCUCAAGAUCGAGAAGAACCUGGUGGCCGAUCGUGCCAAGGCGCAAGCCGAUGAACUCCGAAAAGAAGCCGAAAGAGCCACCGAAAAGGCAAAGGCUCUCGAGUUGGAGCUGAAGGCCGAAGUCCAGGUGAUGGAGAGUAAGCUGGAAGCUAUGCGUACCCGCGCUGAAGAGGCUUCCUCAGGCGUAACGGGUGACUCCCAAGCCAAGUUGCUUAGACAGGUGGAAACCCUGCAAAGCCAAUACUCGAUUGCAAGAGCGGGAUGAAGCGCUGCAGCGGGAGUCUGAUAUGCGCAGAAAGGCUCGUGAAGCUGCCCUUCGAGCAAGACGCAAUGAAGAAGAGUUGGAAGAAGCCAAGACUAAGCUGCCCAAUCAGGAAGACGUCGAAUCUUACCGUUCGCAGCUCGACUCCCUCAAGAAGCGGGCAGAGGAAGCCGAAGCGGCCCUAGCACAGGCCCGAGCGGAUUUCGAGAAGCAGAAACAGGCAUGGGAAGCUGAAAAGGAAGUAAUCAAAGAGGAAAGGGAAAGGGAUCUCCAAGCACAAGGAAAUCGCCCACGAUCCUGGUUAGAAGGUCUU